AUGGCCUCUAAUAAAACUACAUUGCAAAAAGUGGGAAAGAAACAGAAAGGAAAGAGUAAAGUAGAAGAGGCAGAGCCGGAAGAAUUUGUGGUGGAGAAAGUAGUAAAUGGGAAAAUGGAAUAUUUCCUGAAGUGGAAGGGAUUUACAGAUGUUGACAAUACUUGGGAGCUUGAAGAAAAUUUAGAUUGUCCAGAGUUAAUGGAAGCAUUUCCUAAUUCUCAAAAAGCUGGUAAAGAAAAAGACGGUACAAAAAAAGACUCUUUAUCCGACAGUGAAUCUGAUGAUGGCAAAUCCAAGAAGAAAAGAGAUGCUGCUGAUAAACCAACAGACUUUGCCAGAGGUCUUGAUCCUGAACAAAUAAUUGGUGCUGCAGACAGCAGUGGAGAAUUCACAUUUCUCAUGAAAUGGAAAAAUUCAGAAGAGGCAGAGUCGGCGUUGGCAAAGGAGGCAAAUGUGAAGCCCACCCAGGCACCCCAAAUUGUAAUUCUUUUUUAUGAAGAGAGAUUAACUUGUCAUUCUUGUCUGGAAGAUGAAGCUCAAUGA